AUGCCUUUCAAAACUGCAAUCUCAGAUUUAUACCAAACAGUCAUACAAGAAACAACAACAUCCUUCAUUUUUGGAACCACAGCGGCUAUUGCAAAAGAACUCUUCAACAAUGAUAAGAACUUUAUCUCCAAAAAUGUCCUUGCAUUGAGAAAAGGAGUGGAGCAUGCCGAACAUGCAAUGCUGUACAAUGCUAUGCUAUUUGUAACGAGACUGAUGAGACUAAAAAGGAGCAUAUCACAUCUAAUCUGUAUAAUGAUAUGCUCCUUUGUUUCUGGACAGAAGAAUGGCAAUUUAUUUGCACUUAAGAGUGCUGUUUUCAGCCUAAUUUCUAAUAUGCUAUCAUCGUUGAUAAUGUUUGAAUGA